AUGAAAAUGAAACUAGCCGUAGCGAUAGCCUUAUCCGCCCUUCUUCUCUCAACAGCAGAAGCAUCGCCCGAGAGCAGUGGCCGAUGGAAGAUACUCAACCGCAACAUCGGCAUCUCGGCAAUGCACAUGCAACUCUUCCCCAACGACAAGAUCGUCGCCUACGACCGAACUGACGCUGGCCUUUCAAACAUAUCCCUCCCCUUCGGCGAUUGCCUCAACCUCACGAAAGGGGUCGACUGCACGGCCCACUCCAUCGAGCUCAACCUCGCCAACCGCAAAGUUCGACCCCUGAUCGUGACGACCGACACGUUUUGCUCUUCAGGCGCAUUGCUAUCCAACGGUACUCUCAUUCAAACUGGAGGUUACACGUCAGGCGAGCGUGCUGUUAGAUACUUGUCGCCCUGUGACAACUGCGACUGGAUAGAGAAUUUACAUGGUUUAGCAGUGCGGAGAUGGUAUUCGACGAACCACAUAUUGCCAGAUGGAAGAGUGAUAAUCGUUGGUGGUCGGGAUCAGCCCAAUUACGAAUUUUUCCCCAAGUAUUCCCCGUGGGAACUCAACCACACCUUCCCCCUCCCGUUUCUCAGUGAGACUACGGAUCACAGAGAUUGGGAGAACAAUCUCUACCCCUUCGUUCAUCUGUGCCCCGAUGGCAAUCUCUUUGUGUUCGCCAACACAAAGGCGAUACUGCUCGAUUACGUCAACAACAAGGUGGUGAAGUAUUUUCCCGAUAUUCCCGGUGGAAUCGCUCGCAAUUAUCCGAGUACAGGCUCAUCCGUGCUCUUACCAAUGUCGCUCAAAAGCAAUGUGACGCAUGCGAGGGCAGAGGUGAUGGUCUGUGGUGGAUCGGAGCCCACUUCGUUCUGCAAUGCGAAGAACGGAACCUUCUUGCCUGCAUCAAACACUUGCGGACGACUAGUGAUCACCGACGAGGCACCACAGUGGCAGAUGGAGGAAAUGCCGAUAGCUAGAAUAAUGGGCGAUAUGAUACUGUUGCCAACUGGCGACGUGCUGAUUAUCAAUGGCGCUGGAAAAGGGAGUGCAGGGUGGGAGUAUGCGAGGGAUCCCGUAAUGCAUCCGGUUCUAUAUAAACCGGGAAUCAUAGGCAACGAAGGUCGAUCUUUCGAGGUGUUGAGCCCGUCGUUGAUCCCUCGAGUCUACCACUCGACCGCACAUUUGGCAUCGGAUGGUCGAGUGUUAGUCGGGGGUAGCAACGCACACAAGGAGUACAGGUUUUCUGGAGUGCUGUUUCCUACCGAAUUGAGCAUGGAGGCAUUCUAUCCUCCCUACUUUGGAAAUAAAGGACUGGGACUCACUAGACCUCAGAUUAUAACACUAGAGCCUGGGGAUGAUUUUGGAUACGGUGUUAGACUCUGCAUCGGCUUUACAGUUGUAGGAUUGAGUAGUGAUGUUUUGAAGGAAGGGGUGACCGUGACAAUGGUGUCUCCUUCGUUUACGACGCACUCGUUCUCCAUGAAUCAGAGGAUGUUGGUGUUGGAGGUUGAAAGGUUCAGUCGCAUUCGAGGAGAGCGAUACGAGGCGAUUGUGGUUGCUCCCGCGAGCACAGCGCUGGCUCCCGCCGGAUACUAUAUGUUGUUUGUGGUGCACGGAGGAGUUCCUAGCCAAGGCAAGUGGGUUCAUAUUGGACAGUGGUGA